AUGUACGUGUAUAUGAAGGAGGUCGUUUCUUUUGUGUACAUGUCUGAAGCUGUGACUGCUUACUGUGGACGCGGCAAGGGCGGGAAGGGCCUGGGCAAGGGGGGCGCCAAGCGCCACCGCAAGGUGCUGCGCGACAACAUCCAGGGCAUCACCAAGCCCGCCAUCCGGCGGCUGGCCCGGCGCGGCGGCGUCAAGCGCAUCUCCGGCCUCAUCUACGAGGAGACCCGCGGGGUGCUAGUGUUCCUGGAGAACGUGAUCCGGGACGCCGUCACCUACACGGAGCACGCCAAGCGCAAGACGGUCACGGCCAUGGACGUGGUCUACGCGCUCAAGAGCCAGGGCCGCACCCUUUACGGCUUCGGGGGCUGAGCCUCACCCAAGUCCUCACAUCCAAACCAACCA